AUGCUCCACAACACCAGCAUCCACGCUCUAGGACGCAACACCAAAAUGACUUUCACACCGUUUCUUCCAUGAAACAAUCCAUCUUCCAGAUUGUGGGUCUUUCUGAAACCAAUGUGGAGCAUGCCAUGGCCAAGAUGAAACAGCUGUAUCAGACUCAAUGCGCCACAGAAACCAUAGACAUUGAAGGCUUCACUGACCAGGACAUGAAAUAUGUGAUGGAUACGAUGGCAACUGUAAGCUUGCAUUAUGCUAAGGAGGAGUCUGACAAAGGUGUACUGAAAAUAACUGGGCCAAAAGAUGGCAUUAACACACUGAGAAUUAAGAUGAUUGCAAGAAAAAAAAGUAUAUUCAGAAAAGAGGUGAGAGCCAGGGAUGAAGACAAGUUGUACAGUCAAGUAUCUUGGUGCAUAAUGGGAGCCGACAACAACUGGGAAAAACUCCCCAUGAAAGCCAAUUAUGACCUGGAAAUGAAUGAUGUAAUGGGAGGAAUCAUGGAUGCACAGCAGAUACAAUGGACUGUGGACCGUAGCAUGACGGCGCAAACAGGUGGUCAAACAAGACAGCUGAAGCGACUUCAAAACCUACAAGACUUUAAUCUUCCUCUGUACUGGGACAACAUGACUGCUGAUGAAAAUCUGAAAGUGGUUCAACUGCAGUCUACUUCUGCUGAGUACAGGAAAGUAAAGAGUGAAUUCAGAAAAACUGCCGCCAAUCCCAUAAUAAAAAUUGAGCGUGUGCAGAACAUCUAUCUCAGAUGUGCCUAUGAAGUGCAUCACAGACGCAUUUCUGAUAACAACAGACAACUUGGGCAAGACAUUGAAAGGACUCUGUACCACGGGACCACUGAAGACAGCUGCAAAUCCAUCAUGACAAGUGGCUUCAACAGGAGCUACUGUGGCCAAAAUGCAACUGUAUUUGGAUUUGGAACAUACUUUGCAGUAGAUGCCAGCUAUUCAACCAACCUCACCUACUCUAAACCAGCUGCUGAUGGUUCCCAGUUCAUGCUUGUGGCCCGAGUACUGACUGGUAGCUACACGGUCGGCCACAAGGAUAUGAAAGUGCCUCCGGCUCGCAAUGCCCAGCAACCACAUAACCUCUACGACAGCGUGGUGAAUAAUUUAAACAAACCCACCAUGUUUGUUGUUUUUCAUGAUUACCAAGCCUACCCAGACUAUCUCAUCACCUUCAAGUCACCUUCAAGUCAAGUUUAUAAGUGCAGAAAAUACAUCACAUCUUAAACAGUUUUUCCACACCAGUUUGAAUAUGACAGCUAGGAAACAAUAUACAUUGAAGAAAAUUUGAAUUUAAAAUAGAAUUAGAAUUUUACUCAAAUUCCUGGCAUUUAAAAAUGCAACUGUGUCUAACAAUUCUAGAGUAAAAGCCAAAACAUGGGAUCAAAUAAGGUUUCCCCAAAUUUCUCUUUUUACUGGUGUCAUUGCCCGAGGCCAUCAAAUAUGGCCGUUGACUACUGCAAAGACUUUGCCUCUGUCCGUCCAUCUGUCUGUGCUCAGCAUAAAUCCAGUCCUAUUACUGCCAGAGUCUUCUAAUUCAUAGGGAACAUUCUUGGGACACAGACCUUGGACAAGUUCAAAGAUGGCUAACCUUGAUCUAUUUUAAGAGGUAUUUUAGGAUUUUCUGCUUUUUUUUGUGGAACCUAAUAACACCUCUGAAAUGAUUUACAAGAUAUUUUGUGGAUGUUAGUGCGGAGAAGUCACAGGCUCGCUGCAAACUGUUUCCUUUGUGUGUAAAUAUAACCUCUUUGUCAUAUAUUAUGUAAACGCUAGUGAGAACUAGACACUUCUAAAACUGAAAAUGCUGUUUUUGUAACUUAACACCUCUGGAGUGAUUUACGAGACAUUUCGCGGACGUCAGCAUGUACGCUAACUUCCGCUCUUGUCAAACGCUCAUAAAUGUAAAUAUUGGUUAUUAUUGAUUGAUAGAGGGCCUUUAUUGGACAUGUAAAAACUGUAAGUAAGACAAUAGGAUCUUAAUAACAAUAAAUGUAUAAUGAAUUAAUUAUA